ACAUUAAAGAAAACCUUAAUUGAUUCUCCACAUUGAUUGUAAAGGAUAUAAGUAGAGGAGACGGUCGGCCACUUUGGGCCAUCAUACGGUGCACCGGCGAGAUGAAGCAUCUACUGACUGCACUCGUGGCCAUGAUGAGUGUCCUGCCACGGGAUCAUCUCGUAGCCGCGACCAAUAGCUGUCCGCGUCGAUACCUCAGAAGGAUCAAUGGCAAAUGCUACUACUUCUCCGUCAAAAAGAUGAACUGGUUCGGUGCUUUGAACAACUGCCUACGCAAAGGGCUAACUCUGGCUGAUUUGUCCAAUCCCACGGACUUCAAAGGAGCAGUGGGUUUCCUCAGCUCUGUGGGCAAUACCGAGGACUUCUGGUUUGGCGGCAAUGAUCUGUACCAUGAGGGGCGUUUCCAGUACAUCAGCAAUGGCAGACUGGUGAGAUAUUAUAGCAACUAUAGCAAUAUGUUGCCUGUGGAGCACUCGGAGUGCGAUGACUGCAUGGAGGUGCGCAUUCGCUCCCACAUCAACAUGGUGGCGGCGGACAACUGCCAGGAACGUCAGUAUUUCAUUUGCUCGGAGAGGUACUGCCAGGACGACGACCAGGGCAAGAAGCCCCGACAUCACAGUCACGAGCAUCUGCAUCAUUUCCAUCACGAUAUUGGGGAGAGUGCCGACGGGGAAGUAGAGGAGGAACAUGGCAUUAAACAACUUCCGAUUGCCAGUGCCAGUGCCAGUGACCAAGACCAUCAGGACUCGGAGGAAGCUGCCGGCCAUGCGGAUGUGGAAGAACAUGAUCACCAUGGCAAUGAAACCGAACAUACCAAUGGCACAGAUACUACUGGAAGUCAGGCUCCUGGAGGUUCAUCCACAACCACUUUGACACCAGGAGGUUCAAGUGGAACCCCAGCGGCAGAGGGUGCUGCUGGAGCUACUACGGCUACUCCUGCUUCUGCCACAGCGGCUGGUGGUGAAACCACCACAACAACAGCUGCUCCAGCUGCUGCAGCUCCAGCAACAUAAAAUAUAGAAUUCUGUAA